AUCGUGAGCGCGAUAACGAUACAAAUAAUAUUUUUCAUCAUCAUCAGCUUUGUGUUCCUAAUAGCCGAGAAAAAUAUUUGCUGCGAAAAUGUCUCAUCGAUUGGAGGAAGAAGAUUUUGAACUCCAGGAAACUGGUAAUGAUACAACAAGAGCAUCAAGCCUUGAAAAUUUGGAAGAUCCAGUAAGAGCAACAAAAACUAUUGGUGAAAAAUUUCUCUCUAAAUUCAAGUGUUUAAAUCACAUUGGUGCUAUCAUCAUCUUGUUGAUUAUUUUGUUAAUUUUGGGAGGUUUCUGUGCUUUUGCUGCUGUUUUGUUUAUAACCGAACUGGGAUGUGGAGAAGUGCAAGACCACUUGAAUAAGUAUAGUACUGUCGUAUUGGAACAAACAACAUCUUAUACACAAAUUUCCACAGAAUACAGUGCUGUUAUCACUCAAUUAAAGAAAGCUGCUGAUGUUAUGGGAGAAAUUUAUAGAGAUCAAAUGUGGUCUGAAAAUUCACACCUCAGAGCUGAAAUUUUGCCAACUGCCUGUCAUGGAAAGCCUUUGGCUUUGUUUGAUUUGAAUUUCGGACCUUGGGUUAGAGUCAGUAACGAUGAAUCCUUUGUCAAGGAACCUUUUGAUUUCCUUGCCGAAAAGCCAAAGCACGAAGUUCCAGAAAAGAAGCUUGCUGGUGCUGCUUUCUAUCCAGAAAACGUCACUGAAAGUGAAAUCAAAGAAUGGAUCAAUGAAUUGGACUCUACUGCUCACGCUGAAGCAACCAGUUUUUACACUGUCAUUAAGGAAAGCAGUGGUAAAUUGACACCUGUUAAAUACAGUACUCAAUACGAAAAGAAGUUGGCCAAGGCUGUCAAGUACUUGCAUGCUGCUGCCAAUCUUUUGACUAAUCCAAAGGAUUCUUACUUGAAGAGCUUCCUUCAACUCAGAGCUGAUGCUUUCACUUCAAACAAUUAUGAACUUUCCGAUAUUGCUUGGUUGAACAUGACUGAUAGCAAUUCUGUUUUGGAAGUUACUAUUGGCCCAUAUGAAACCUAUGAUGAUGAAUUGAUGGGGUUGAAGGCUGCUUUUGAAGCUUACAUUGGAUAUAAGGAUUCUGAUUCUACCAAAUUCAUCAAUGUUGUUUUGGCUAACUUGCAAGCUAUUGAAACUGGUUUGCCAAUGGAUACCACUAAAUAUCCAGUCAGAAGUGUUGGUGCUAUCAAUUCUAUCAGAGUUAUCAAUCAAAUUUAUGCUGGUGGUCAAGCCAAUGGUGCUAUCAAGGCUGUUGCUUAUACUUUGCCAAACACUGAAAGCAUUAUUGAACAAUACGGAUCUAAGAGAGUUUUAUUGAAGAAUGUUCAAAAGGCCAAGUUCAAUAACAUUCUCCUCCCAAUUUCCAAGCUUGUCAUCUCAUCAGCUCAACAAAAUUUUGUCAUCUUUAAUGCCUUCUUCACUCAAGUUCUUGCCCACGAAAUGAUGCACGGUUUGGGUCCACAAAAGGUCUUUGAAAAUGGUGCUGAAACAAGCAAGACUUUGCGUGAAGCUUUGGGCAAGUACUACUCUCCAAUUGAAGAACUCAAGGCAGAUAUUGGUGGAUUGUGGAUGUUGUCUUACAUGAUGGAUAGCAAUAUCACUACUAUUGAUUUCGGAUUAAGUAGUGUUGAUGCUACUGCUCCAGCUAACGUUCUUGCUAAGAAGGCCCUCUACACAACAUUCUUGGCUGGUAUUUUCAGAAGUGUUAGAUUUGGUGUCAGUGAAUCUGCUCACGCUAUGGCUAAUGCUGUUGCAUUCAACUAUAUGAGAGCUAAGGGUGCUAUCACUGUUUCCCAAGAAAGCUCAAAGACUGUUUUUGCUGUUAAUACUAACGAAUUCGAAAGUGCCAUGACCAAGUUGUUGGAAACUGUUUUGGAAAUCCAAGCUGAAGGUGAUUACGAUGAUGCCAAAUCUUUGUUGGAAGAACACGGUAUUGUUACUGAUGAAAUGAAGAAAAUCUUUGAGGGAAUGACUAGCGAAGAAUCAACCAUCCCAGUUGACAUUAUUAUUGACCAAAAGUCACACACUGUCAGCGAAGAUUCUGAUGAUUCUGGCGAUUCUGAAGAAGAAGCAAGAAGCUUUAACUAUAGAAGUUUCCUCUUCAAUCGCUUCCAAUUCUAAGUUCCUCUAAAUUAAUCAAACCAAAUAUAAAUUAAAAAAUUAAAUUUCU